GCUAUCCGACAGCGUUCAUUACUGUCGCCGAAAACGCAAAAUUAAGUAAUGAAUUACGUGAAAAAAAAUUCGGGCUUUUAUGCAAAUCAUAUAGUCACCGUCUUUUUAGGGUGUCUAGCAGGUCGGUCACCUCAGUGGUGCGGGUAGGCAAUCCGACUUCGUCGGAUAGCGGACAAUGUGCGACGGCCGGGUCACGUCGUCAGGUAUGCAAUCCGACUGCGUCGAAUCGCGGACAGCGUUCAUUACUGUCACCGAAAACGCAAAAUUAAGUAAUAAUUUACAUAAAAAAAAUUCAAAAUAUUUCGGGCGUCCAUGCAAAUCAUUUAGUCGCCGUAUUUUUUUGAGUGUCUAGCAGGUCAGUCACUUCGAAUGACGUUCGCCGUAGUAAUAAGUAAUUGUUGUCGUUAUAAGUAAUAGUCGGUAUUUUGGCGGUAUUUUGUCGAAGGCGGGAAUUUUUGAAAAUCAUGUUUGCGUAUGUAUCAAUCAAUGUCGAUAUAAUGUCAAAACACAAUGAAUAUUACAAAUAUAAAUUUUAAUGCGGCGGUGCAAACACUAUACCUCAGCACCGCUCUUGCACCACCGGCCGAGACCGCCGUCGCCGCACGCCACCCGCCGGCCGAAACCGCCGUCGCCGCACGCCAUCGCCGUCCACCGCCGCGAAAGGCACCCCCCAAACGCCGAUAUUAUAGAUGUAACAAAUACGGCCACAUUGUCCGGCAAUGCCUCGCCCCCCAAACACCUAGGAGAGCACCAGCCAUACAACGUGGUGGGGGGUUGAGUUCCGUUAGGAUAAGGCCGCCGCGGAGUCUGAGUGCAAGGUCGACACGCACUCAGACUCCCGGUCCCCAACCUAUCGGAACAUCAACCCCGAUUGCAUCAACCACGUUGUAUGAAUCGAUGGCUGGUGGCACUUGCGGAUCGGCGUUGCGGCAAUUAGAGGCAUUGAUCAUAUCAACACCGUAAGUUGUCAAUUGGUUGUUCAGAUGCUGUCAAAACUCAAUCCAAAUUUAAACAAGUAUCUCAA